CCUCCGGUCCCGACAGCGUGGUGUGUGCGUGCCCUCGUCAGCAGCUAAACGAAUCUCAGCAAAAUGGCCAAGGAACUCAGUGCUCGCGAUGUGGAAAGGGUAAAGUUCACUUUCUCCAUCUACGACUUUGAGGGCAACGGUAAGAUCGACGCCUUCUACCUCGGCGACUGCCUGCGCGCCCUCAACCUCAACCCGACCCUGGCCAUCAUCGAGAAGCUCGGCGGCCAGGAGAAGAAGAAGGUCAAGAUGAUGACCCUGGACGAGUUCAUGCCCAUCUUCGCCCAGGUCAAGAAGGACAAGGAGUGCGGCAGCUUCGAGGAUUUCAUGGAAGUGCUCCGCCUUUACGACAAAGCCGAGAACGGGACCAUGAUGUUCGCCGAGCUGGAACACAUCCUUCUGUCCUUAGGAGAGCGUCUUGAAAAGUCCGAGUUGGGUCCCGUGCUGAAGGAGUGCUGUCAGGAGGAGGACGAGGAAGGUCUGAUCCCCUACGAGCCGUUCCUCAAGAAGCUCUGCGCCUAAGUCGUUCCUGCGUGAGCUCGAGUUCGCCGGCUUUGUUGAAAGGCUAACAUAGUGUUUCCGUGUUUUGUUUUGUUUAUUCAAAAGUCCCAGAGGAAAGAUUAGAUCCGUAUUUCAAGUGGAGAAAAAGAGCCAGUUUUAAGGCCACAAAAAAGAGGAGAAAAACAAUUUAAAAAAAACAGAGCAGUGAAUCACAGCCAGCAAACGCACCAGAAACAAGAACCAUCUCCACAUCGCCUCUUCGACCAUCAGCAAUUCGCACAAUCGAAAUUCGCACAAUCAUCUCACUCUCAACAACGCCUGCAGAUGGUUGAAGAAAAGACCGCCAUUUACACUCAGCGCACCCCGCCUGCAGAUAACGAAGGACCACAGAUUCCCUCAAGAAGCCACGGCAUUCGAAAACAGCAGAAACGAAAACGAUUCAGAAGCAGCGAUCAGAAUUUACAAUAGUCGUUGGUAAAUUGUAGGGAAGUUCAC